GUAACUUCAGUCGCCGAUAGAGGCCGACACAUCAGGCACACGGAGUCUCGCCGGUGGUACAGCGGGUCGCGACCCUCCACUAAAAUAUCAUUGGCAUAAGCUACUCCAUUACUAUAAAUUAAACGUGACUUCUUAAUCGCCAGUUUCAAGGACCUAUCGAAAUAGGCGGUCACCUCGUCGACGAAGAAAUGAUGACAUAGAAAUUUUACAAUUAAAUCAUUGUUUUGUCAUUAAUAACAAAUUAUUUAGUCAACAAUGGAGACUAACAACGUUAACCGGGCUCAAACGGAGAAUCGACCUCCAGUUACCGGCGUAGCAGGGCCUGAAGUGCCAGGGCCCGCACAGUUUCCACCACGUCCUCCACUGAACCGAGCCGAUUCACGGUCAGCCUUUCCACCAGCUUCAUUGAGACCUGCCGCUCCACCUCAGCCUCAACAAAGACCUCAAUUUCAACCUGGUGGACCAGUUGCAGGUGCAACCCAGUUUGCUCCCAGGCCUGGUCCUCUGCCUACACGUGGUACAGCGCCUCUUGGUCCUCAGCAAAUUCGACCUCAACAACCGCUGCGUCCUUCUGGUCCUCAAUCAUUUGCGCCUCAGCUGGGUUCCAGGCCACUUCAGUCACCUUCACCAGUUCAGCCAUCGCCAAGAGGCCUGCCACCUACUAAUCUACAGUUUGGCCCUAGACCUACACUACAGAUUGCCGGUGCAAUCACGCCCGACGGUGCCAGGCCCCCACCACAAUUGCCACAACAAUCUAAUAACGGUAUACCUAAAAACGGAACAUUUCAGAACCCAACUACUGGGCCACUUUCACGGCAGUCGUCUCAAGGAUCUUUAAAAGGCCUAGAUAUUUCAAACUCAAUUCAAAAUAAAACAGCAAAUCUGGAUAACCAAGGUAUAAUCACAAACCCAAAUGACAGUAACCCAGAAAAUGGCACAGAUGUGCUGGGUCCAAAAGGAAGAAGUUACAGUAUUGCAGCAGCUCCCGGAGCGCCCAGCCCACUCAAGGUUGAAGAUGAUCGGAGAAAAUCUGUCAGUUCUAUUGGAGGCACAUCACUGGACUAUGCCAGUCGAAGUCCCGGUCUUGGGCUAAUACAAGAAGGAAAAUUAGACAGUCAAGAAAAUGUACGUAGUUCAUUAGGUAACAUAAAACCUGGAUUAACUAAUGAUCCCAAAGAUAUGAUCGAGCGACCGGAGUCACGAAUUUCCGGAUCAAAAAUGACCGAGUCAUUUAUAGGUACACUACCGACUGCAAUACCGAAAAAGAAGUUAGAUGAUGAUGAUGAUGUAGUUUUGCAAAACAAUAUAACAUCAGCUAAAAAUGUUUCGGAAAAUAUUCCAAAUCAGACCAAAACUGAUUCAUUUGAUCGUUCUCCAUCUUUGACACGCAGUGAUGAUUCACCAGAACUGAAGCAAAAGACGAGCCCAAGUCCAGUAAUAUGCAAUAAAUCACAAAGUGUUACUCCGGAACCACAGCGACCUAAGACACCAAAAGUAGAGACAAAACCAGAAGCGCGAUUUGAACAAAGCAGAGAAGCAAAACCAGUAGUAACACCGGCACCAAAAACUAAAUCUCCCAUUCUGGAUGCAAAGCCUCCUUUGGCUGUACACAAGCCCACAGAACUAAAUAUGACCUCAGCUGCACCAGACUCCAAAAAAUCUAUCACACUCAAAAGAAUAGCUUCUGCUCCCAAAUCACGUCCUAAAGAUGGUGACAACGACAGUGGUGUGGAUGAAUCUACCCAAGGAAAUGAUCUCAACGGAUCUCCUGGGUCUCCGAACAAGAAAACUGCGAGCAAGUUACCCACUAAAGAAAAAUCAAGCAGCAGUCUUAAGCCAAGCCUUUCGCGGUCAUCUAGCAAAAGUGCGACAGUCAAAACACCAGAAAACCCACAACCUACUGAAAAAAAGAAAGUCCCUAUGAACAAGAUCCAAGUGGGAAAUGCUCCAUCGCCAAAUAUUAAAACAGUUAAAUCAAAGAUUGGAUCUCUGGACAACGCGACGUACAAGCCGGGCGGGGGUAAAGUCAAGAUAGAAAACAGAAAGCUCGAAUUCAAAGCGACUCCUAGGAUUGCUGCUAAGAAUGAAACUUAUACUCCAAGCGGUGGAACUAAGAAGAUUACAACUACAAAAUUGGAGUGGAACGCGAAGUCGAAGAUUGGAUCCCUAGAAAAUGCUGCGUACAAGCCAGGCGGUGGAGAUAAGAAAAUUGAAACUGUGAAACUGGACUUCAAGGAUAAAGCCAAGCCUAAGGUUGCAUCUACAGUAAACAUAACUCACAAACCUGGAGGCGGUGCCGUUAAGCCUACAGUGAUAGCUAAGAAAGGGACGAGAGGAAUCGAAAAUCAAAAAUUGGAAUUCAAAGCACAAAGCAAAGUUGGAUCUAUGGACAACGUUAAACAUAAACCAGGAGGCGGUGACAUUAAGAUCUUCGACGACAAGGAGUACAUCAAACAGAUGAGCGGGCAGUCGCCCUUGCCCGGCAGCCACACCCACUCGCGGCAGGAGAGCCCCGUGCCGCCAGCUGCGCAGACACCGAAGUCCGAUGAAAAUUUGAAUCAGCAGCAGUGUUAAGCCCAUUGUUGGAGAGUUCCAAUUCUUCUAAAAUACUAACUUUUAUAACCAACAGUUCAACAUUUUUGUACAUUUUUAACUUUGUUAUACUUAUACUUUUUCACCUAGCCAUUUUGAGUGAUUAAUGAUUAUAUUAAGUAUCGACAGGCAAUUCGAAUUUUUGAAUUCAAAUUGAACUUUUAAUCGAUGUCAAUAAUUUGUAGCAUAUCUUUAUUUAGACAAUAUAUUUCAUGUUAUAGUAUACAUGUUAUUAGACUGGCUGUUAAUGUUAAGCGAAAGGAACCUUUCCAGUAACAGUAAUCCAAUUUCCUGAUAUUAAUGCAAAUAAUCAUGAGUGCCAAUAGAUACAUUCUAUACCUAAGUCUAAACCAAACUUUUAGUCAGUGUUUUAAUGUCCAUCAAAAUGUGACAAGCGUGUUAUUUUGUGUAUUUGUUGUAUUUUAGCCAUAUUUUGCACUUACCUAUCACUUACCGCUUAGUCAAAUUAGCCGCACGUAGUUACAUGUUUUGUUGGGUUUCUAUAUAAGUACUUCAGAUUCUCGGUAUGUGUAAGAUAUGGUACCUAUUAUUAAGUGAUAUUAGUACCUAUAUUAUUAUAUCUAUAUUUUAUGUUAAAUGUAGGUACGUAGGUCGCAGUUCAUGUUAUCUGUUAUCACUGGAUUUGUUCAUUUCUAAACGUGAAGAAAGUAGAUAGUGUUAGAUAUAACUACGCUAUCUUUUGUUUGCAAGUAAAUAGGCACCUAAGUAUUAUUUGGAGUGUGAGGAUAUUUGAGACUGGAUUCUUGACACAGCGACUACACCAAAAAAAGGAAUGUGUAUGCGACCAUCUAUAUCAGGGAGGGCUAUCACUGAAUUAAUAUAAGCUUUUAAUUACUGCUGUGCUUAAUGCUGUUGUAAAAUACAAAUUGCUGUGAAAGGAAUAUGCGUGGCCCCAAGAUUGACUGACCAGACUUUGUAACUAGUGUAAAAGUUUUAUAAUUAUUAUUACAAUCAUUAAAAUGUGAUUAGAUGUAGAUAGCGAGUGUAUCUAAAUUAUUACGUAAAUGAAACCGUCGAGACGCGAAUAUGCAUUAUGUUAUAUUUUAUGGCGUUUUGGUAAAUGGGAGAAUCAACUUUUUAGCGUCACUCGUUGCCAUGGUUACGAUUAGUUGUCCAGGGGACAAAAGUUCAUUGAAAUACUGAUAUUAUGGUACUUAAAUGUAUUAAACUUGCGUUUUUGUGGUCGUUAUAACCAAUGUCCAUAAUGGGCCCCCUACUAAGCAUGUUAAUAGAACAGCAUACAACGUCUCUUCAAACAAACUGUGCCACUGUUGUCCCUUGGACAACGGGACAGGAUAACAAAACAAAAAAAGUUGAUUCACCCAAAUGCAUUUGAAUAAAUAUUAUAUAUUUCAGUAAAUUGAUUAUUUGGCUGGGUCAUAUAGGGUGAUUCAUGAGACCUGAACAAACCUAACUCUACACACUCAGUGGAUCGUUUACCAUCGUAUUAAAGCAUUUUUUUUAAAGUAAAACAACCACACCUUUUGUUUUAAAUUAUAUGUUAAGUAAAGGUUGAAUUCUCUUCAGUCAUGGUCACCAUACAGUGCCUACCUAAUUAAUAAAGAGAAAGCCUCUUUCUCCAUUUUAAUUAUAGGGUAACCAUACACGCAUGCUUGUCGUAAAAAACACACAAAAAAAGUUUUCUCACUAAUUCUGAUACGAAACAAUAAUUUAUCAAUUUUAUCAUUGACUGAAUGUUACACGUCUCCUGAAUCACCUGUAUACAGAUUUCCUGUUCUUCAUAUAUUUGUCUUUUGUUCCCAAAAGUUAAGAAAGUUGGUGAUACAAAGAUCCGCAUUUUUUUACAUAUUAAAUCGAGAUCGGUUUUGAACGAUCGAAAUACGUCACAAGCAGACGUCAUGAUCCUUAAAUUUCGGGCACAAAAGAGGCAAAUUUGUUUUGAACUACGUGGGAUAUAAUUGUAUUAUUUUUCGGCAAAUAUUAUAUAAUACAUAAAAUUCGAUCCAUAUUCCAGAUUUAGGAAACUUACACCGCUAAUGUAGCAUUAAAGUUUCUGGCACUAUUAUUAUUAUUUUUUAUUUCAAUCCGUUCGUCAUAGAAAUAUGCUUGUAAUUCUUAAAAAAAUACGUUAUUAAUUUUUUUAUGUAAGUAUAUGUGGUGUUUGAUAAAGUUGUAAUUCUGAUUGAAAUAAUAAAAUAAAUGUACUCAAAAUUUACAAAAAUCUAGUUUUGUGAAAGCAAAAGAUACAAUGUAACAAUUAUUACGAAUUAAUACAACUUAACACCAGAAA